AUGGAAGAAAUCCAUUUUAAAGGGAGUAAAUUCACUUGGUGGAAUGGGAGAACAGAUGAGGAUUGCAUUUUCAAGAGGUUAGAUGGGGUUUUGUGCAAUGAUAGAAUGCAACAUAUGUUUCAGCAGAUGGAAGUGGAACAUCUAGUUAGGAGUGGAUCAGAUCAUUCUCCUAUGCUAAUUCAGUGCAAAACAAACAAUGAGCAGAUUGUUAAAUCUUUCCAAUUUCUGAAUUUUUGGUUAAAAGAGGAAGCAUGUUUGGAGAGAUAUUUUCCAGGAAAGGAGGAUAUUAUCAAGGUAAGAGAAAAACAAUUGGAGGAGGAUCCUAGUGGAUUGAACAGAGCUAAUUUGUUUAAAGCUCAUGCUGAACUGAAUAUGCAAUUAAAAAGGGAAGAAGAUUACUGGAGACAAAAGGCUGGGUAUGAAUGGUUCAAAGAUGGAGAGAGAAACACCAAAUUUUUUCACACUAUUGUGAAAGGAAGGAGAAGCAGGCUCAGGAUCAGUAAGAUACAAAAUGAAGAUGGACAACGGUUGGAAGAAGUACCAGAUAUUGCAGAAGCUACAGUUAAUUUUUUCCAGAAAUAG